GGCAGAAGCUUGUAGAAUUCACCGAACAGAUGCCAUUAAAUUAAUAUAAACGUCACUUUAUGUCCUUUAAUAAUGUCAAUCAUGGAAAAGUAUUUAUGACACUGCACGCCAGAGCUUUGUAGAAGCUCCCAUGCCCUGUGGAAUGAGGUGGAUAGACAUAGCCAGAAGCUUGUAGAAUUCACCGAACAGAUGCCAUUAAAUUAAUAUAAACGUCACCCAAAGAAACUUCAGGAUGAAUCCACCCUUAAUCCAUUACCCCCAUCUCAUCUUCUAUAAAUUGGUUACCAUCCCACACUCACUGCAUCAUCAAUCGAAGAACUAUCAGUAGUAGUGAUCUUUGAGCUUGCUCUUUAAUACCAUUAUGGCUUUGAUUCCUCGUUUCUUUGGAAACCCAAGUGUUUCUGACCCAUUUCCUCGUGAAAUGUGGGACCCGCUCUUCGGCUCCGGUGAGGCAUCAUCCUUGGCCAAUUUGCAGAUUGAUUGGAAGGAGACGCCUGAGGCUCAUGUCUUCAAGGCAGACCUUCCUGGGCUGAAGAAAGAGGAGGUGAAAGUGGAGGUUGAAGAAGGGAGAGUGCUGAAGAUAAGUGGGGAGAGAAGCAUGGAGAAGGAGGACAAGAAUGAUAAGUGGCACCGCGUAGAGCGGAGCCAUGGCAAGUUCCUGAGGAGUUUCAGGUUGCCGGAAAAUGCUAAGGUGGAUGCUGUGAAGGCUGCAAUGGAGAAUGGUGUUCUUACUGUUACUGUUCCUAAGAAGGAAGUGAAAAAACAUGAGGUCAAGUCCAUUGAGAUCAGCGGUUGAGAAAUUGAGACCAUCAUAUCAUAUAUCAGCGUGUUUUCUUGAUGUUGAGUGCUUUGUUUUCAUUUUCUUUUAAUGGGCCUUCUGGCUUUUUCUUUCCUUUUAUGUAAGGAUGAUGAGUCUUUGUCUGUCCUAUCUAUGAAGAAUGAAGAAUGAGUACAUUUCUACUCGUUUCCAUUUGCAAA